AUAUAUAUAUAUAUCCUAUUUAUCCAAUUAUCUCAAAAAAGAAGCUAGCAAACAAAAGCAAUAACAUUAAUACGCAAAUUUAAAUACUACGUUGACAUCAGCAGUUAACAUUAUGAGUUACUUUUUGUGGGUUUAAUAUUAUGAGUUACUUUUUGCAUCCACAGACUCAAACUUUAAUACGCAAACGACUCAAAGAAAUUUUCUAUAUAAACGAGUUAUAUACUACGGUAUUCAAGAACAUCAACCGCAAGAGAAAAAAAAAACAGUUCUUUAGAAGUCUUAUUACGACAAUGUCUUUUCUUGGUCAUUUACAAGUUCUUGUUUUUCUUUAUGCUCUGCUUCUUUUCUCAGCAGAAUCUCGCAAAACCCAACUAUUUGAUACAGAAUCUAGCGCUGAUGAUGGUGCUGAACACGAAAACUACGGGGAUAAGGUCGAUGCGCGAGAUAUCCCUCUGUUAUAUCUCGAGACGAAGAUUCAAAACGCUCCUGUGGGGUCACCUCAAAGACAAGAAGCUCAGAAGAAUCUGCUUGAGGAAAUAAAUCACAGGAAACAAAUCGAUCAGAACAUUAUAGAGAUUCUUAGACUUUCACUCAAAAAAACCGAUGUCUUAGAUCUCUUAACUUCCACAAGAACAACAGGACAACCUGUUGUAGAUGAUUGGGACUGCUACAAGACUCUGGUUAAAAGUUUCAAGAAUCAAUGUGGAGCAAAGAUGGAAUACGAUAUGAAGUAUGCAGGAGCACUUGCCAAUAUCUGCAAUAUGGGAGUGGAUGUGAAGAAAAGUGUUGCAGCUAUUGAAGAAGCUUGUGCCCAUUAAAUUAUAUGCAAAAAAUAAUAUUGUGAUCGCCUUAUAAAUAUGAAAGUUAUUGCAUAACAUUUGAUUGUGUGGAGAUGGUUGAUGCCUAUUUUACUUGAUAACGCGAAAGUCUUGGUCUUAAAUUGGAUUCAUAGUAUAAUAACCUCGUACCAAUUCUAGUUUCAAGAAUUCACGCGAAAGUCUUGGUCUUAAAUUGGAGAAUGAGUAAGUGAUCGGAUAAGGCUCGGCGGCACUCGAGUCAACAUCUCGUAUUCACGUGUUAUGCUU